UCGGUGAUGUCAUAGGCCGCCGUCCUCGCGCCUCGCCGCCCGCCGUCGCGAGGAGGAGGCGGUUGCAGGGGUCAGGGGUCAUUCGCUGAGCUUCAGAGAAACACUUUUUCCCGUUUAUACAGACUCUUAAGACUCACAGUCACAGAGCUAAGAAAAACUGUACCGUGAUUGCCUUUAUAUCCGUCUGGAUCCGAUAGCGUACUGUCAACAUCCCGCAUUUCGGAAGGCCAGCUGCCCGUUUGGUGAGAGGCCCAGUUCUGAUGCCAUUGGUAGCAACAUGGGUUCAAAAGAAGACAGCUUAAAUUCCCCAACUCCAGUACUAAGAAUAAGUCAGCUGGAUGCUUUUGAGCUGGACAGAGCCUUAGAACAACUUGUGUGGUCCCAGUUUGUCCAGUGUUUUCAGUGUUUCAAACCUGGCUUGUUAACACAUUUUGAACCAGAACUAAAAGCCUUUCUGCAGUUUUUGUUGUGGAGAUUUACAGUGUAUUCCCAAAGUGCAACCGUUGGACAGAUACUUCUGAACAUCCGAUAUAAAAAUGACUUAUCUCAAGGACCAAAAUACCAACCAAUGAGUAAGCACCAGAAAUUAUGGUAUGCAAUAUGCACCAUUGGUGGGAAAUGGUUGCAAGAGAGAGCCCAUGAUUUAUUCAGUAAUCACUCUCCAGAGUCAACUAUGCAUAGGAUUAAAUAUAUCAUCACUUUAAUAGGUGGAUUUUUGAAGGUGGCUGGACUACUGAAUUUCCUCACUUUUCUUCAGAAGGGUAGGUUUGCCACGUUUCCAGAACGACUCUUGGGAAUCAGAGCAGUUUUCUCCAGAGCUCAGGGUUUUCGUCAAGUCGGUUUUGAAUACAUGAAUCGAGAACUAUUAUGGCAUGGCUUUGCUGAAUUCCUAAUGUUUCUUCUACCACUGAUCAAUACAAGAAAAAUGAAAGCUUUUGUCUCGUCUUGGUUCCUUCCAGUUGGUCAUUGUUAUAAUAAUGACGGCACGUUAGCUAUCCAUUGUAAAGAAUGUGCCCUUUGUGGUGAUUGGCCAACAAUGCCUCACACAAUUGGUUGUAAGCAUGUUUUUUGUUAUUACUGCAUUAAAAGUAAUUACUUAUCUGAUGCUUACUUCACUUGCCCAAAAUGUAACAGUGAAGUCCAAAAUCUCGUACCUUUGAUGCCCAAAAUACAUAAGUCAGCGUGAUAUAGAUACAAUGUGCCUCAACUCCAUUUCAAGAUAUGAAAGUAAAAUGUGGCCUGACAUAUCAAACCAACACUUCAAGGAUCACUGAAUUAUUGAACAUACCACCUUUCAGAUAAUGUGAGUUCUUAGUUACCCACUAAGAGUUACAUAGUAUAUUCAGAGUAGGUGGUGAGUACAACCAAUGACUUGGUUAGAGUUCUUUCCUCAACCAGUCCAACAUAAAAACAGAUUAGGUUACUAAUUUAAUUUGCUAUUUGUGGAAUCUUUGAGAUGUCCAAAGGACACAAAAGUGCAAUUAUUUUCUGAGUAACCUAUUCAAGUUGACCUUUUUUUUUAUACAUUUUUGGCGGUAGAAAUAUAUUUUACUUAAUUAACUGGAGAAAUUAUCAUAGUUGUUUUGCUCUCUGUGUUCACUUACUCGUGAUUACAAUAUGUGUGUUUAGAAAUCCAAUUUGCUGUAUAUACAAGUGAAUGAAUCAAAUUUUAUACAUUUCAUUGCCAAAGAAAUAUUAUGUUAAUAUUUAGUAAUGAAAAAAGUUUAGAUUUGUUUCCAUUAAUUAUGUAUCCUUUGUUCCUAAAUCUUGAUUUCAUCCGUAAUAAAUAGAAAUGCUUGGAAAAACUGGCCUUUGUAUGCUCUGUAAAUGACUGCUACCUCCAAUUUAUUUAUGUUGAAAUUCACUGUUCAUUAUCCCCAAGUCCUGCAACACACCAAUAUCCUAUUUGUUCUAGUCUUAAACAUUUGAGUUUGGAAGAAUAAUUUUGUGUAAUGCAGUGAUGGUAGAAAAGGAGUGAGACCAGUUCAGGGAGCUUUUAGUACGAUUAACCCAUCUGUUUCAAAUGGAACGGUACAGACCACAAAAGUUUACAGUACAGUACACCAUUCAGCCAUUGCAUCUACCCAGAGUCUGAAAGAGUUAACAAAUUUCCAAUAUCCAUGAAAAAUUAUUUAUUUUCCAAAUGGUAAUCCACUUCCCUUUCAAAUCUAUUAUGGAUUCUGCAUUUAUCAUGAUUUCUAAGGUAACCCGUUUCCUGGCAGCCCUUUGAAUUUAAGCAAAGCCUUCUAGCUUUCCCAUUAUUUUGGUGAUUUUUAGUCUCCUCGCCAAGCAUUCUAAUUUAUUAUAACUAAAGUUCAAAUCUGGUGUGUGUUUGUCUGUGUAUAUAACCUUCUAUACUUUCUCCAAUUCAAUGUUGUUUGUAAUUUAAGGCAAUCAUUAUUAGUCCUUUAGUAAGACCAGCCAUUUGUGUUGGUUUUACGUUUUGUGAAAAGGGGCAUAGAAUAUAAGAUCUCAGAUAAUGCUUUAUGUUAUUAGCUAUAUUAUCUACUGUACCCCACUUCUAAAGACUUUUUUGAAUUCUUAUGUCUGUGUGCUCUUAAAGUAUAUGUACACAGUGCUAAAGAUUAAUCUCCUUUUUACAUCCCAAAAUAAAAACUUCAUACAUUAAAUUUAAGUCCGUCUGCUAAUUUAUAUCCUCCUGAACUCACACUU